CUUUCAGAAACAGUUCUAAAUACCAAAGAACCUGACAGAAACCAUGAGUCUGUUCACAGUAAUUGCUCUGUACGUUCUCGGCUUCAUACUCCUUUCAUCAGUCGCUGCUCACAAAGCCUGUUCUAAAAAUGCCAACUUGUGGAAAAGCAUACAAUACCAGCUUAAGUUAGUUGAAAAUACAGAAGGGCGAUGUGAUUGUGAUACUAAAAAAAUGCAUGGUCAUAAAAUGGUUGGAUUUCUGGCUAAAUCUUCAAAAGAUCAAACUAAUGUCAAAAGUGGAUCUACAGUGAUAUUUGAUAAGGUAGUUAUCAAUACAGGCUCUGGAUACGAUGCUUCCUCUGGACAGUUUGUUGCACCUUACGAAGGUCUAUAUUAUUUUUCCUGGACAACUCUUACCUACCAUUCAAAGUAUUUCGCAACACAGUUAAUGCACAAUGGCAACAUUAUUGCUGGCAACUAUCCUGAUGGUAGAGGGUUAUCCUCAGGGCAUGUGUCUGCGACCCAAAGUGUCUUGCUGUAUCUUGCAGCAAAAGACAAGGUCCGCAUAAGAACAGAUGGUAUAGGACAGCAUAUGUAUGGUGGAAAAUGGUGUACCUUCAGUGGUUUCAAAAUUUAAGUUUUUAAAAUUUUGAACAAAUAAACAUAUUCAAUACAUUA